CAGUCGCGUAGUGACUGUCGCGCCGCGCUGACGUCUCGUUUCAACUGUCAAUUAAUUCAAAAAUCGAACGCCGUUUCUGACGCUUCCGUUAUGGUUUUUGAACUUGUUGUUGUCAAUACUUUUUUGUGAUGUUCUACGUAUACUUUUGUUGUGAGUUUGGUUUUAAGUGACUGUGGAUUUGAAUUUGGUUCGCUGAACUAAACAGUACAAAUAAAAGUGAUAUAAAAAUAAAAGUGAGAAGUGGAACAACAGUAUUAAUGGACAUAAGUGAUAAAAUGUGUAUUAAGGUGAUAGUUUAAGAUGGAGGUGAUGAUAUCAGUGAGGUGACAGAUGUUACAGCCCCAGGGCUGGCUGAAGACUUAAACAUUCCGUUAUUCAAAAUUGUGAGCCAGGGCCCGAAUCAAGUGAAGGAUCAGUGCAAAAUGACCAAGGGCCCUCGAAAAGUGAAGCUAGUCAUUGUAGUCAACAAUAAGAAAGACCCGCCUACAUUCAAGACGCUGACCCCGACGUCGCGUACGCAGCUCAAGCAACAGUUGAUGCGAGAACAUGCGCAAGAGCAAUUGCGCAGGGAAUCUUUACAGGCACAACAAGCAGGGAACUCCAAAGAACAUGGCGAGGAGAAGAAGAAGUCAUCUCCAUCGGAAGUGCCGCGGAUCACGCCACACGUGGAACUGCCGCCACAGGUGCUACAGGUGCGAACAGUUCUGGAGAAUCCCACCAGGUAUCACGUGAUACAGAAGCAGAAGAACCAAGUGCGGCAGUACCUCAGCGAAUCUUUCCAACCACAGACACAGGUGAACCAAUCCCGCGGCGCGCCGCAAUCGGCUCCCGAGCUGCGCGCGCGCUCCUCAUCGCCGGAGCGCGCGUCCUGCAGCCAGUACAGCCCCAAUCUCUGCUCCGUGCCUGCCACGCAUUCUGAGGCGGACGAGUUCCUGGAAGACAUCCUGUCCCUGGACAGCAGUGCGGGCGUGUCCUCGUCGGGUCCGCCGUCGGCCGCCAGCUCCGUGGCCGGCGACUGCGCAGGACUCACUGAAGCCAUCGCCAAAGACCGCCAGAAGAAGGAUAACCAUAAUAUGAUUGAACGUCGUCGCCGGUUCAAUAUAAACGACCGAAUCAAAGAAUUAGGGACGCUGCUCCCCAAAACCAACGAUCCAUUUUACGAAGUGAUAAGGGACGUUCGACCAAACAAAGGGACGAUAUUGAAGAGUAGUGUGGACUAUAUCAAGUGCUUGAGGGACGAAGUGAACCGGUUGAAACAAAGUGAACAGAGAAGAAAACAGAUUGAGCUGCAUAAUAGGAAGCUUAUGUUGAGAAUACAGGAACUAGAGCGUCUGGCUCGCUUGCACGGUGUGCCACUGUCCAGCAGCGAGGGCUGGUCGUCACCUCACACGGACACCGACUCCGGAGUUGAAACUGCCGGGUCGGAGCCGCACGCGUCGCCGGCGAGACUCGCUCCGGAGCUGGUCCUCCCGAAGACUGAGCCGCCGCCCCUCAUGGAGCUGGGCGAGCCUCCUCCUGACCUCUUGCGAGACAUGCCCUCUAACGAGUGCCUCUCAGCCUUGGAUGCUUUAGGACUGAGUCCUAAAUCCUUUUCAGAUGGUCUCAAGCUAGGGUCGUGUUCGCCGCUGUCCCGCGACGAAGGCCUAUCUCUCGGGUGCCUGGAGCCCGACCUGUGCCUCGACCCGCCGUCGGAGCCCCUGUUCACGCACAAGGAUAUUAAGAUGCGACUAUCCCCGUCCCCAGGCGCGCUGCUGCACGGCGACAGCGACGCGGUGCUCAACCUGGCGCAGAUAGAAGACCUCAUGGAUGACGACUCACACAACCCCGUCACCACUGGAGACCCGAUGCUGUGCUCAUCGCCGACCUCCCAGCUGUGCCUGAGCGACGUGGUGGCGGACGCGGCUGAUGCCAACAUAUCCGCCAUGCUGCAUGAUGACAACGGGUCCUACUCGCAACACGCACCAGGUUCCUCUUCGCUCAUGUCAGAUGGCGGCAUGGGUCUGCCCGCGCUGGACUCCUGCCUGCCCGCCUUGCUACUCGGCGCACAUCAUGUGCCUCACUCGCCACACUCGCACCCCAGGAACCACUGCUUCGACAUGGACUUGGGGGCUUAGUGGAGCAGACCAGUGGAGUUUAGAGGUUCGUGGAGUGGAUAUUCAAGGUAGAGAGGUGUAAAAGGGAGUUUGAUGUAGAUACCGUUUUGUAAAGAAAAUGGUGGAAGUGCAAACUUUAAGGUAGAAAGUUGAGUACCUAUUUACCUCCUAAAUUCGCAUGCUUAUAUUUAGCGGAUCAUGUAAUACUUAGAACAUAAAACCUACAAACUGUUGAAACCAUGAAUGUUACGUGAAUAUAUGAUUGUAUUUGAAAAAACUUGAAGGAAGUCAUACAAAAAAUAAAAAGUUAAGUACCUACCUAUAGAAGAUCAUAACACACAUAUUGAAAGACAAAAUUGUAAUUUAUUUUCAUUCUAAAAUCUACUACCACUUCGGAAUGUGUUAUGGCUAUGACGAGGAGUAGAAAGCACGAAAAAAGGUUGAAAAGUGAGGAGGGACGGAGGACGUAAAGAACAAUUGAGGAUUUUAUAAGGAACCAUAAAAAAGGUUAUCAAAAUGUAAACUUAAUUGAUAUAAGAAUUAUAGAGGUCGACUUGCAAACGAAACUAAGACGUUGAGUAGGAGGCGGUAAACUUGUAAACAAAAGAUAAUAUAAACUUGUAAACACAGAGCUGUCCUUGUAAAAGAAAAGGUAAACUUGUAAUUCGAACGAUAAGUUAAAUGGAGACUUAAGUAGAGAUUUUAAAGUAGUAUUUUCAAAAUAAUUUCACCAGUUUUAUAAAUAAUAUUAAUAUAAGUGAUUCGACAAUAAUAGUUUGAAUAACAUAAGCUCACGACUGUAAUCCCAAUUGGGGUAGUCAGUGAAUUCAUUACAAGAUGAAUUUAGUACCCUUAUCUUUCCGAGAUUUCUGUUAAACCAACGUGAUAGGUGGUGAGCCGUAUCGCCGUCUAUAAUGGUCUAGCCAACUGUGUUAGUGAAAACUGCACUUAAGGUAAAUUAAUAACUCAUUGGUAAAGUCUAAAACCGGAGUUUGAACCGGCCACCCAUACCACCCACUCUUCCAUACCUUCUGUCAAACCAACUCGCAUGUGUGCUUAAUAGUUUGCGUGAUUCAUAAACCUACUAUGUCCUAGUCGAAAAUCCAUUAGAAGUCCUCAUAAUCUCCCGGCAAUUCGCCCAUAUAAUGGCCCAUCAUGUUUAACCCUUUCACGGACAGAGAUAAUGGGUCAUUGAUGGUUCAUAGUUGGUAAUAUGACACCUUGGAAUCGGAACGUCAUUAGACGUUCUGUCCUUGAAAGUGUUAAAAAAAAAACUCUUUCGCUUUCUCGGUUUUGUACGGCACGGUAAGGGCAGCUGAACGCCUCCUAUGUUUCGUCCUUACUCAAACUGUCUGAGUAUCAAUCCGGAUACUAUGAAAGAUCUCUUUAUUAUAAAACAGUACGUGAGUUUAAAAAAAAAGACGUAAGUAUAAAUAAAUUAUCGAAUAUCUUUUUAAAUUAAUCGGAUGUAUGAACAAAGAACAACACGGGAAAGGAGUUGACAUAUAACAGACAGGCAGUCGCUUCUGUAAAAACCGGACCUGUCAAAUCUUCAGGUUAGGUAAGCGGGCCCUGUAUUUUAAAUAAUUUUAUCUAGUUUGUCUGUGUUCAUUAUUGGAUUUUAGCACAAUACUAGCAAAAUUAUUCACUAAACGUAACUAAGGUAUCUGAUAUACACAUCUCACUUACACUUAGGCUUUAGAACGAGUGUGAAAGAGAUAGGCGUAGUCUCUUAGUUCUUUACUUGACUUAAAGCGACGUUAUGAUUGUGACUUUAAAAAAAAACUAUUAUUGAAUCCCAGUCUGUGAACAACUGGAUUUUACUAAAUUAAAAAAAAAAUAGAUAAAAUAUGAAUAACAUUUUAUAUAUUAAAAAAAAACUAGAAAUCCACUACUGGCUUCGUCAAAAAAUAAUUAUUAUUUUAAACUAGCGACCCGCCCCGGCUUCGCUCGGGUACAAUGCUGAGGAAAAAAUGAAAUUAUUUACGACAUCACAUUAAAAACCUCAAAAAUAACAGUAUUUCUCCACUUUUAAUGGAUUUUAUUAUACAUAUAAACCUUCCUCUUGAAUCACUCUAUCUAUUAAAAAAAACCGCAUCAAAAUCCGUUGCGUAGUUUUAAAGAUGUAAACGUACAUAGGGAUAUAGGGACAGAAAAAUCGACUUUGUUUUAUACUAUGUAGUGAUAAAUACAAUAUCGGUACCUAACAAAGGAAUGGGGCAUUAUAUUUUAUCUUGCUUAACACUAAUGCACAAGAACAUCUUCCUUUUUUAAAUUCGAUAAAAAAUAAAAAGAUCUAAGUGCCAAGAAAACUUAACAUAAGCACAUGACUAUGCCUCAAUUGGGGCUGUCAGAGGUACAUCCAUUGCACGAUACACUAAGUACCCACACCUCACCGAGCUUUCUGUUAGACCAACGUGAUAGGUGAGCCGUAUCGCCGUCUGUAAUGGUCGAGACAAGUGUGUUGGUGGAAACUGCACUUGAGCAAGUCCGAUACCAGGGUACGAACCGGCCGAGAGAAAUGAUAUUCUUAUAUACAACUUACAUUCUUACAAGUAACAUCUCUGAGAACAAUUUUAUUUUUAAAUUGUAUUUAAAUUUUAUGGAAUAUUUUAAAUUAAGUGUUUCUUAAAUUUAAAAAUCCAGUUGUUCAUAUAAAUAAAACCAAAGAGAUCACUUACAUUUCGAUUAAAAAUACCAUUAAAUUACCAUUUUAUUAAAAAUUAAACAUCUUUUUUGUACUUAAUUGAGAAUAUAUGAGGAAUAUUAUAAAAAAAAUAUUUUCAAAAGAUUAUUACAAGCGGUAUAAACACAUUUUGCUAAUUUGUUCCCUUGUUUUAGAGAUGCAAAAGUUCUUAAAAAUAUUUUAAGAUUUUAUAAAAAAAAUCAGGAAUUUAUUCCGACUCACUCCUUCAAUUGCGGUUACCUACAUGUUGAAAUGUAACAUUAAAUUCAUCCUAAAACGGGACACAGACACCACUUCACAAUAGAGUAUGGAGCAUACUCCACCACACUACUGCUCCUCAUAUAUUUUCGUCAAGUAUAUACUUUCCUACCUAGUUAAGUAUUUUUGUUUAGAAUAUUCGUGAUAAUUUUGUUACCAGCUCAUUGUAAUUUUAUCGUUAUUAGUAUUUAUAUACAUUUUAGAUAAAGAAAUCAUUGUUCUAAGUGGUCUUACUAUCGCACUGUCCAAUCAACGUGUUAGAAGUUUUAUCAAUGUACCGAUUUUUUUGAAAAAGUGAAAACUGUAAUAUAUUUUUAGAACAAAUAUUUAUAGAAAAAAAAUAUAGAAAAUUAUAUUGUAUUUAUGUAAAUUUAUUUAUAAAAGCAGCUAAUUUUAUAAUAUAUUAUAUUAAACUUAAAACUGGUGCUAAUUAAUAAGUAAACACGAAUAUAAAAAUCAAUUAUUAUUAUGACAUAUUUUUUAUAAAGUGCUUUUUGAAAGAGGUGCUCAAUGACUAUUCUUCUCAAAUAAGAGUGAUACAUAAAUAACUUAUAGGCACAGGCCUCCCAUAAGAACGUAUUCUGGGGUUUACUCCACCACGCUACUCCACUGCGGGUUGGUGGAGAAAAACUUAAUGUUCUAAUGCCAUUUUGUGCGAUCCGACUUAUUGAUUUAAAUUAACAGAAGAUUAUCACACUUUGUCCAGCGUUACCCACUUGUCCGGUCAAGUAGCGAACGGCAUCCGAGGCAAGUGUUGCAAGUCGCAAUUUGCAUCUCCAAUGGAGCAAGUAUAAAAUAUUACACACUCCUGCGAUUAUUAUCACAUUACAUUUUAUUGAAAAAAGAAACUGGGAUAUUCUAACUAAAAGGACCACAAAGUUUUAACUAAAUAUUAUAAUGUACAGAGAAAUGUGAUAAAAUAUAUUUUUAGACAUAUAUUUAUUGUUACAUCGUAUUUUGUAGCUGUUUCGUAAAGUGCCUUGCUUCAUAGAUUAAAGUCGCGAAGCUUCUUUAUUUUUGUGAGAAUAUGUAAAUAAAUGAAUAAUUAAAUAUUAUUAAUUUUUAGAUUUGUUGAAAUCUAACACUGGUUAAGGAUACACGAUAUAUCUGUUAAGAUUGUGAUGAAUUUAUAUGAUAUUUUCUGUAAUAAUUUUUACAGUUUGCGUCAAAAUUUACACGAAAUAUAUACCUCGAAAAAUGUUAUUUUUUAGAAAAAUUUACAUCAGCGCUACGACGUCGUUGAUUAAGAUGAAUAUCGUAUAAAACCGAACAAAAUGUAGAUUUAUUAUUUUUAAUAAAUAAUUAUGAUAUUGUAUUAUUUUAAGUUUAAAUGAAACAGUGAGCGUAGUGAAUUGAAAUAGAUUUUAUUAUUUUUAAUAACAAUAAUAAAAUUAGUUUUGUUGUUAUUAUUAUUAUUGUGAGCUUGUGCGGUGUGGUUGUAUUUCGCUCGAAAUUAAAAAAAAUAAAAAGUACAUUUUAGAAACUGCCUCUUUUAAUACUAUCUGCUUUAAAAAAUAUGUAAAAUAAAAAUAUGUACACACACAUCACACAGCCGUUCGCAAUAUUUUUAAUUUUACAAAAUAUUUUUUUAAUUAAACUUGAAACUUUAUUUUUAUUUUAGUUAUAAAUUAAUUUCAUUAUAAAUGUUUUAAUGUAUUUUAUUAUAGACCCAAAUCGUUUAUUUUAUUGUUAGUUAAAUUAAAACUGCUUAGAUCGUGAUAUUAUUAUUAUUACAUUAAUAAUAAGACCGAGGUGCCUUAUAAUAUUUAACUGAAAGAUAUAUUAUGACAUUUAUGUCAGAUGCAAUAAAAAAUAAAUGUAUUAGGGGUUUAAAGACAUUCAAUCAUUAUUGAUAGUGUAAGGUCGAUUGAGGAUAAAAACUACCUAUUUCUACCAUCAGGUGUCGCUACUGUUGUGUUCUGAAAUUUUGACAGUUCGCCAUACCAUUUGAGUAAACAAAUAUAUUGUUUUGUGCGCAGCGUUUAACAGCAAAAUCAUAGUGUUAUAUUUAUUCCCUAAAGAUCGGAAAGAAGAAAACAUAGAAAAAAAUAUUUUCUAUCAAAACUGUCUUUUUGCAAUUGAUAUCUGUUUUGUUUUCGUAACUCAUCCUUCAGACGGGACACACUCGUUGCUCCACAUUUUAUAGCAAUUUUUGUAUUUUAACUGGACAGUAUAGAGAACUGUCAAAAUUUUAAAACACUUACAGUGCUGCCACCUACAUUUGAGCUUCGUUUUUAUUCCCAAAAUCAGUGUUUAAAUUCUGUUAACAUUAUAUAUAUUUUCUAAACGCUAUUCCAUUAUGCAAAUAAUGAAAUAUCGUCCUAUUACGAAACAAAUUAAUUUCACAUACAACUGGUUUAAUAAUGGUUAUUGUUUUUAAUAACAUAGAAUUCAAUGUUUUUUUUUUUCGUUAUAUUCUGCUAAACAGACCUGUGUUGCGGCCUGUCAUUCCUAAAAAUAUUGUCAAUCGCAAUUGACCGUCUAUUAACCCCUCAUCGAGCGAACACAAGCACAAACGUAGAAUGAUUGUUAUUUAAUAUUGUAUGAGAUUAUAAAGCUAUAUUGUUGAAGUACAAAAAGUGAAUAACAACAAAAUUUACUUGAAUA